AUGAGGUCCUUCGUCAGACGAAUACGUCGCCUCAAGUUUAUCGUCAUCGUGACGCUGACGUCAUGCAUAUUAUGCAUUUUUGGACCUUCCGUACUUACCAUAUUUGACAGCAAUGAGAUCAGUGUUUCAAAUGAUCUGAAGGAAUAUGCCAACCUGCCAAAUUAUCGAUAUUUCGGCAACAAAACAUUUGGUCGCAAGAUUCCAAUCACCUACGUCAUGCGACGGAACAGACUUCUCGAGAAUUGUGCGUCAUUACCGUCUGAAAAGAGGUUGUACGAAGAGAAGCUUUUCAGGGAGCAUCUAUUGGUCGACAGCGGGCGCAAUCUUGUUUUCUGUGGGGUUGAAAAAGUCGGACUAACGUUUUGGCGGAGGUUCUUUUCUAUCCUGAUUGACGCCAAAAAAUCAAGCCCGUAUGACAUCCGGGCAUUUGAUGCGUAUAUACCAGAAAAUGUAGAUACCAUGGACAACAAGACCGAAGAGCAAUAUAACCAAAUGAUGGGCUCUUCGUUAACUGUUAUGUUCUCUCGAGAUCCAUACGAGAGAUUGUUUUCGGCGUAUAUCGAUAAGUUUAUUUCUCCGAAUAUCAACUUCUGGAUUUUAGUGGGAACCGGUAUUGUUCGCAAGUAUCGAGACUUAGCAAAGUUUAGCAGCUUACGAUGUGGAAAUGACGUCAGUUUUGCAGAAUUUGUGAAGUAUACAAUCAAUCUUGCACAUGGUCUGGAGAAAACGGACAGCCAUUUCAUUACAAUUACGGAACAUUGUCGUCCAUGUCAUAUCCGGUAUGACAUCAUAGGAAAGAUGGGAACAUUUUAUAACGAUACAAUGUUUCUGAUACGGACUAUAGGACAUACGAAAAUGAAUAACAGACUCCGAGAUCAGUUUAACGAUGCUCACGUUAGAGAUCAGUUCCAACAUAGUGUAGACCUGUUGUUUUUCUUCAAAAAAGACCUUGUUGAUCGUCAUAAAUGCGUUCCAAGUUUCUUCACGGCUCAACAGCGCAUGUGGCGCGCGCUGCAAUUGCGCGGUUUGAUAAGUUUGAAAGCCAGUUAUCCAAUCAAAAGAAGUGAUAGCGAUAACGUCAGUCACGAACAAUUACUGCAGCUGCUGUUCAAACAUUUGAACUACAGGGCCUCACGUGUUGAAAAAAGAGACGUCAUGUUGACCGCGUAUGCCUCUGUUGAUAUGGAGGACUUACAUAAGCUCCGUGACGUAUUUAGAUCUGAUUGUGUCCUGUUCGACUACGACUGUUCACCAGUAGAUAUAUUCAAUCGUGCCAGAAUCAGGAAACAGCCCAAAUGGUUCCUUGGUUUAGAUUGA